AUGGUAUUAACAAGAAGUCAAGCACAUGAAUUAAGAAAACCAAAAAAGAUAAAAUUUGACGGCGAUGAAGAUGAUAUAAUAGAGAAAGAACUAAGUGUAGAUGAUGUCGAAGAGAACGAAAAGGAAGAUGAAGAAAAAGAAAAUGCCGAAGAGGAAGACGAAGAAGAUGAUGAUUCUGAUGAGGCACCAGAGAUGGAGAGUACAAGCAAAUCAAAAAAUGAAAUCAUAGCUAGAGAAAGAGAAGCUGAGCUACAACAACAAGAAUUAAAGAGGUUAGAAAAAGAAAAGAGAAAAUCACUCGAUAAGCGUAAUAAACAACAACAAGAACUCAAGAGGAAACAGAAACAAGAAUUACCUGAAUUCUUACCAGAUAAUAUUGAAUCAAUAAUUAACGCAGAUAAUGUUAAAGAAGAAUCAGAGGAAGAUGUGGUGGUGGUGCCGAAGAAUAAACAUUUUAAAUUAGAUGAUGAUAGAUUAUCUAAACUAGAGGAGAAACUCAGACAAAUUAAACAAGAUAAAAAGAAAGCUCAAAUAAUUAGAAAGGGACCGGUUCAUGUUGCUGUACUUGAUAAAAAGCCAUUAGUACCCAAAUCAGAAUAUAAAAUAUUGAAAAAUAAAGAUAAAUGGUUGAAUAGAAAAUCAAUAAAUAGGAAAUGA